AUGGGUUUCCUCACUUACGUAGUCCUGAUCACGUUGCAUAUGUCGUUGACGGAUGAGUUUCAUCCCGACGUCUUCGCCACGAUAUUCAAGUGGAGUAUUUUACUAGCGGUAGUGGAAAAUGGAGUGGGGAAGAUCGUCUUCAUGUCGAUCAAUUCAAGUGUGGCUAUCAUGGACCUGAUCGCUUUCAACGGCUACAAAUACGUCACGCUCAGCAUUCUCUCGCUGCUUUGUAUUAAAUCUAUAAAUCAUUUACAAUUUUACGGUUUCAAUGGCCAUAGCUGAAGAUUUUUUCAUUGAUGCUCUUUCUUCACUGUGAAGUAGAACAAAACAACAUGUUGUAGCGACACAACAACAAGUAUCUUUUAAUUCUCAUCAAAGACAACUCUGGAGCAGUUUUCACCUAAAAACUUGUUUUUCCAAUCAACUUGAUCAGUGAUGUUCCUCCCCUGGGUCGUUUUCUGGGUCUUUUUCGCCUACCUUGCUGCCGCAGCAGUGUUUGCGGAGUGGCGUUUUCUCAGCAGCUAUCAGCCGUACAGCAGUGACCACGCGCGAGAGAUGGUUAAGGCUUGAAAAAAUCCAUCUUAUUUGUUUCUCGAGGACAUCUCGGUAAUGAUGGUGCUCCUGUGGCGUUUGUGAAUGUUGUAACAGGACAAAAAUGUCACGACCAAGAUGCCAAUAAACGAGAUGGAUUUAUUAGGCAAGGUCUUCUAAGAGGGGUAUCGCGGCUAAUACAGGGGUCCUGCACAAGCAGGUCAUUCUGGUACUGUCCUGCCUGCAAGUACUUUGCAUUUGGUUUAUGCUGCCCAGCUUUUCCGGUGGUGCGAAGCCGGGAGACAUCAAUGUGGGGAAUAGAAGGUAAGUACAUCAUAGCCGCGAUACUGGUGAAAAACACUUCGGAGAAGAACCGAAUCAAGAUGAUCCUCCUGAAAGUUACAUCUUCUAUGAGUUCCCAAGCUGUCGAAAACGACUUCUACACGAAUAGAAACUAUUUAACAUCAUUCAACAAGCUCAACAAUGUGCUUGAUAUUGUGCUACCAGCACGCGCACGAGCGUGCUCCCAUACACGUCAAGGAGCAUCUUCCCAAGACCCAUCCCAGCGACAUUCCCUUUCCACUGUAUAACGACUCCGAUAGUUUCUAUAGUUCGAAGAAAAGUUCGAAGCUAGUAAUCAUCAAUCGGAGUCAUCAGCCUUGACGACGUUUUCUCUAG